ACACCCGGAGCAAAACAAUGGGGUUGGGCAGCUUAGCAACGGCAGCGCGCCCGGUCUCCACAGCAACUGUCCCUCCCUGAGGACCGCCGGGGAAGGCAGACAAGUGGGGCCACCGUGCGAUAGGCGGGAGGCGUACGGUGCAGGUGGGGGAAGCAGGGCCUGAUGGUACCAUUGCUGCCGCCGCGCCUCAACACUGAGGACGAAGAUGUCGUGAAGCAAAUAGUAAAGUUUAAUGAUUUGGAAGUGGGUUCUGUUCGCAGCUGUCAAACAUAAUCUUCCUGGCUAAGCACAUCCGUACUGUAUGGAAGGCAAAAGGAAAACUCAUCAUCUGGUGCAGUCAAUAAAUCGAAACAAAUUAACAUCUGAACUGUUGCCUCAGAAGCAAACGAAUAAGUGUUCGUCAUUGCAAGAGCGUGGGAUCAAGAACUGCGCUGCCCAGAAUUUAGCUAAAAACUUCAAGAAAACAUCUGAUGUGAAAAGGGCAGAUGCCAUCUUAAGGAAACGAAUCAAAGAUGGAGAUUUGCAAGCAAUUUUCCUACUGGGGCAACUCUACUUUGAAGAGGGAUGUUAUGAAACAGCUUUUGAAGAGUUUAACAAAAUUAAAGACACAGACUUCCAAGCUCUCUAUCAGCUUGGUGUGAUGUAUUAUGAUGGCUUAGGCACUAAGGAGAAUCCUGCUUUGGGUGUGGAAUACAUGAACAGAAUCAUAAACUCUGAAGAUCCAAGAGCACAACACUUGAAAUUUGCAGCAUAUUACAACUUGGGUAGAGCUUCUUUCGAAGGAUUUGGCAGCCAGCAGAGCGAUGCAGAAGCUGAAAGACUGUGGCUUCUUGCUGCAGAUGAUGGUAAUCCAAAAGCGAGUGUGAAAGCCCAAACUAUUCUAGGACUGUUUUACUCUAGACCUGAGUCACAGGAUUUGCAAAAGGCAUUCUUUUGGCAUUCUGAAGCCUGUGGCAAUGGAAGUCUAGAGUCCCAGGGUGUAUUGGGUUUGUUGUACCUCACUGGGCAAGGUAUCCGUAAGGACGCACAGUCAGCAUGGAAUUGUCUGAAGGAAGCAUCAAGCAGAGGCAAUGUUUAUGCUCAGGGUCACCUAAUUGCUUAUUUCUACAGUCGUAAGCUGUACUAUAAUACUGUCGAUCUUGCUCAAAGAGUUGCUGAAUAUGACAAUAUCCCUCAAAUAGCAGAAGAAACUGACUGUCUGCCAGCUUACAUAGCAAAGGGUAUCGCCAUGGCUGCUUUCUACUACGCCAGAUGUCUACAGUUGGGCUUAGGGACACAACAAAAUCAGGUGGAAGCCAGAAAGUACUACUGCAAGGCAAUUACCAUGGAUCGCGAUCUAGCAACUGACCUACAUUUUCAAGUUAUAAUGGAAAGAAUUUAAAAAGCAACCAUUCUGAUGAAGUCCUUGAACAGAGCCUGCACCUGUGGAUUAUAAUGACAAUUAAGUACUGUUAAGGUACAGUUUUUCAUCGUGUAGUUAAUUCCACAUCAUUUUUGAAACAGGAAAUUGCAGAACUGAGUCCUGAGUAAAAAGACAUGUGAUUCCUAAUAAUACAUCUUCAACUUCUUAUUACUAGACCAACAGGAGAUAGGACUUAAUUGAAUUGAGCCAUUUAUUCAUCUCAAGCUCCCAGUGUAACAACGUAUAAUGCAUCAUAAUUUUACCAUAUGUUGAAAAGAAAUCCUGCAAUACUUUAAUGUAACGCCUUGUUUUUUCAAAAGCAAAAUCUGCCUAAGCACCAAGUGCAAGGAGACAUUGGGAGUAAAGGAGAGAUUUAUGGAAUGAAUAUCUAGAGCCUUACAAACCAUUAUAGGUAUGGUCAAUGAUGGGUUGAAGGAAGAAAGAUUUGGCAGAACAAAACGUUUGGGAGAACAAUGAAAUGGGACAGAACGUGGUACCAAAUAGUGCAAGAAAAUUUAGAAAUAGGAAGACAUGAAGUAAUAGAAAUAUUUAAGCAUAAGGAUUAGAACAUCACAUGUAAAACAAUGGGGACCAGGUCAGUGAGAGUAGAGAUUAUAGGCAAGUGAGAUUUUGAGCAGGUUCAGAUGUAUAGGAAAUAGACAUACAGUCUGAGAACUCCAGAACAUUUAAUUUGGAAUUGGCAAACAUGCAGAUAAUUUUGAAAGUGUAUGAGGUGAGGUGUAGAUGUUAUAAAGGACAAAUUAGCAGUCUUCAAUAAAUGGACUCUGGUGGGCAGAAUUUUAGUCCCUGCCAGUGGCUUUAAGGGAGUGCAAAAUCAUUCAGAUGGCCUUCUCACUGUUCUUCCACUUGACCACUUGCGGUUGUUUCCCAUCAACAUCAAAAUUGAGGCUGGUGGGAAGAGUUCAGGAACAGGAUGAAGCCCCGAAAGGCACCCUACGCAGGCUUCAGGUGGGAAGGGGCAGAGAUGGAUGGGUGGUUGGGUGCCUCAGUUCCUCAGUGGGUACUCACCCACCCCUGCAAGUGAGCACAACCAUUUAAAAAGUACAGACAUCCCUCUCCAGCCACUUAGGUGCUCUGAAUGUCUGCAGGGCUGCCACUGUUCACAACAGGGCUGACUUUGGGUGGCAGGCGGAGGUUCUGCCCAUUGUUUACAUGGAGCUAUUCAUUAAGGCACUUAAGACAGACACUAGCUCCAAUAAUUUGAGAUCAUUUAAACAUUAAGUGACAUACAAUUUCACAUGAUGUCAGCAGUAUUACUUCCGCAUCAACCGGAUGUGUAUUGAACAUAAAUUCAACAUCUAAUUUAGCCUAGUCCACCGCAGGACUUGAGCUUCUAAACUAGGUUGACAAUUUCAAUGCAGUGAUUUUACGUAAGAUGUUAAAUUGAAUUUGUAUUUUGUAUCUCAGGUAGUUUAAGUGGUUCCUGGCACCGUUCCCUGGCGAAGCUGAAAUUUCCUCAGUCACUAGCACAGAAAUCACCUUCUGUUUGUAAGCCCUUACAGUGUAUAAAUUGGCUGCUGUCUUUGUGUACACUGCAACAGCUCACUUCAUUUUGAAAUGUUUUAGAUUGUUAUAGACAACAGAUGAAAAUUUUCCUAUAAAUGCAAGUUUUUUCAUACUCCCAAAUUUGGGAAAUGACAAAAUAAAUUUUAUUUUUAAUGCCAUGUAAUAUCCAAACAAUAUAUAAUUGUCAAAAGAUAAACUUUGGAAAAUUCCAGUGUCACAAUCGGUGGUUGAAAGGAAUUUAGGCAAAACAGAAAAACUGCACUACUAAAAUAAAAGGGAAAAAUGCUGUUGUGCAUAUUUAUCUUAGUAUAUAUUCGUAUAGCCUAGUGAUAAUGAUGUUUAGGAUGGAUUAUACAGUUAUAACAAUGGUAGAAUGAUAAUUAUGUUACUAUAGUAGUUAUCCAAAGACCCUGGACUAACCCUUUGGAUACAGAGUUUAAAUCCCACAACGGCUGAUGAAAUUUAAAUUCCGUAAAUAAAUAAAUAUGGAGAUUGACAAGGUAGUUGUGAUAAUUGUGAUUGUGAAACUACCACACUGAAGUAUGAAUAUCCUCAAGGAAGACCUUUUUCUGGAUUGGUUUACUUUUAAGCUGUAGACCACUCACUUGUACUAAAACUGCUAGAGAAACAUUAAAAACUAGAUUCACCAUGCAGCAUUGAUCUAAGCAUCAGAAAUCCAGUUCUGCAACGUAAUCCUUACUAGCACGUGGGAAUUAUUGCCAAAAACUGUGAAAGCUGUUCGACAGACAUAUCAAGCCUGACGUGGUUAUACCAAGUGAUUCAUACCUUACAGCCAGUGCUGUAGUCUUCUUCCCGCUAAUAAGGCAGAUCCAACAGAAAAGGUAGCACAAGUUAAAACAAUUAGGCUAAACUGGCACUGGAAAUCUUUAUUAACCACUUUAUUAACCCAUGGGCAAAGAAACCUGUCAAUUCCCAUUCCCUCAGCUAAUGGCUUCGUACUCCUUCAUAUUGAACACCAUUUGGAAGUAGUGCUGAAGGUUGCAAGGGCACAGAUGGUCUCUUGAGUUAAUCAAUCAAAGUGUCUUGGUAGCACCAUCACUAAGCAGGUUGGCCUUAUACAUGUCUGUCAGGCUGGACUUAUGUUAGGUGGUGAGAGAACCAGGAGAAAAACUGCUUUUCCUUGUCUUUGCCAAUUUACCUAUUGGGAACUGUGAUAGCACUGAUAAAGGUGGUCACCAUACUCAAGAAAUAGGAAUGGGAAUAGGCCAUUCAGCCCCUCAAACCUGCUUCACCAUUAAAUAGGAUCAUGGCUGACCUGACACUCCUCACAUCCACUUUACUGCCCUGUCCCCAUACCCUCAAUUCCCCAACAGAUCAAGAAUCUAUUUCAACCUUAAAUAUUCACAAAGACUGCCUCCACAGCUCUUGGUGGGAAGGAACUGCCAAGGCACUCAACCUUCUGAGAGAAGAAAUUUCUUAUCAGUCUUAAAUUCCCCUAAUUCCGAGACUGUGCCCUCUGGACCUAGGCUCUCCCAUAUGCAGAAACAUCUUCUCAGCAUUUACCCUAUAAAGCCUCUUCACAAUCCUGUAUGUUUCAAUGACAGCACCUCUCACUUUUCUAAACUCCUCUGAAUAGAGUGUGAACCUGUUUAACCUUUGCUGGUAAGACAGUCUCUCCAUACUAGCGAUCAUCCCAGUGAAGCUUCUCCGAACUGCAUCCAAUGAAAUUACAUCCAUAUUUAAAUAAGAGGACAAAACUGCCCUCAGUAGUCCAAUCAACAGGCCUUUAGACUUCUGUACUCAUACUCCAACGCCCUUGAAAUAAAGCUCUAACUAACAUUCCGUUAACAUUCCAGAUUAUCUGCUGCAUCUGCAUGCUAGCUUUCUGUGCCUUGCGCACAAGUACCCCAAGUCCCUUUGUGUUGCAGUUUUCUGUAAUUACUCAUCGUUUAAAUACAGGCCGGUGAACAUAAAAUCCCAUCUGCACAUUAAAGAUACCAUUCAGCAAUGGUUGAUGCUAUUACUUUAUUAGAUGGGAUAGAUCUAGCACAAACAUUCCCUGAUUUACAAGUAUCCAUCUUACGAAUCCUCAUGCUUAUUAAAUGCGAUGCCAUACAGGUUAAUACAAUUAAUAUUAAUUUUAAAGAUCUGACACGCGAACAUUUUGUGUCCUGUACUGAAAAAAAAGUAUUUCCUAUUGUCCUGGAUUCAGUUUUAUAUUUGAAUUUUAACAGACUUAAUGACAGAAUCCAUUUGCAACCCGGGAAUUGCCUGUGUUAUCUAGCAGCUGAAAACUGGGUUCCAAUGAAGUGUGCAGGGAAGCAUUGUUGGAACAAAACCAGACAUUACAAUAAAAACAGAUGCUAAUCUGGUGAAACAAUAGAGUAGUCCCAGAAACAACUAAGAACAAAGUUUGUAUUCCUACCAUCAUGAAUGUUGAUGGGCAUUUUUAAAAAGCUGAUCAUUUACCUUGGCCCACCUGUAUCAUAGAUACAUAAAACUGUGGCCAGCCAACAUAUGUGCCAGGUUUGAGCCAAUUAGAUUCACACCAUGUGACAUAAAGAAGCUGCUUAAGACAGUGGAUACAAAAAGACAUUAGCCUUGAUAUAACAAGUAACUCACCUCCUGUCUGUGACGCUUGUCCACCACAUAUGUUUUUUGACAGAAUGCUGUACAUCAGUUCUGAUGAGUGCAGCUCCAGUAACACUCAAAAAAGGUCAACACCAUCCAUGACAGAGUAACUUGCUUGAUCAAUCUGGAUCCCAUCCCACCACUUCCAAUAUCUUCUCGCUCUUCCACUGGUACACAGUAGUAGCAGAAAGGACUAUUAAUGCUACAUGUUGCAAUAAUUCAUCAAGACUUUUUCAACAAAUGGUAUAUUCUAAACCUCUGACCUGUAGCCACUUAGAUGAACGAGGACAAAAGCUGUAAGUUCCUAUGCAAGCCAUACAUUAUCCCGGCUACAUUGCCAAUGAAAUAAGUUACUGUAGGAAUUUGAAUUUUGGGUGAUUUUCUGGCUGUAAAAUUCCUUCACCAUUUCUCUUUGUGUUGUUUUGAAGGAACAACUAAGAACAAAGUUUUUAUUCCUGCCAUCAUGAACGUUGGUGGCCUUUUAAAAGAAGUUGAUCAUUCACUUUGGCCCACCUGUAUAAUUUUUACGUAGAUCCUGUGGCCAGCCAACAUCAUACAUGCCAGGUUUGAGCCAAUGAGAUUCACUCCAUGUGACAUCAAGGAACCCUACCAAACACUUCAGAUGACAAACAUGGUUAACGUACCACAGCACUCAAAGCAGUGUCUCAGUACCAUUUUUCCAGGGUGAUGUAUUUUCAAAAUUCACUCACAGAAUGUGGGCAUCACUGACUUUGGCAUCACAGCAUUUCUGGCCAUCCCCACUUGCCCAGAAGCCAGUUAUGGUCAACCACAUUGCUGGAAGUCUGGAGUAACAUGUAGACCAGACUGGGUAAGACAGCAGUGAACCAGAUGGGGUUUUCCUGACAAUUAGCAACAGUUUCAGAUCAUUGUUAAGUUCUAGAUUUUUAUUGAGUUCAAAUUCCAUCAUCUGCUAUGGCAGGAUUUGAACUGGAAUCCCCUGAAUAAUACCUGGGUCUCUAGAUUAACAGUCUAGUGUUAAUACCACUAAGCUAUCAACAACUCCCUCAGCCCCACCAACAAUGCUCACAUCCCAAUAGAAAAGAUUAAUGAAAAUAUAGAAUUCCAGAAAGGCUAUGGCGGUUGAACCAACUGAAAUUUACAAGAUUGAAAUGAAAGAUUUUUGAUAGGGGUUCAAUUCUGUUUGCUAAACAUUUCUGUGAAACAACCAGCAUAUUUUACUGAGAUAGUAGGAACUGCAGAUGCUGGAGAAUCUUCUUCAGAAAGGAUCUAGGCCCAAAACGUCAGCUUUCCGGCUCCUCUAAUGCUGCUUGGCCUGCUGUGUUCAUCCAGCUGUACACCUUGGUAACUCAGCAUAUUUUACUACCUUAUAUGUAUUAUAUCAAUGCAAGUAGUUAUAAGGGUAUUGAGGAAUGUGGACCUCUUGUGGGAAAUUGGAGCUGAAAUUGAGAUCAAGCAUGAUUUAAUAACAGGCCAAGAGGCUUGAUAGUGUGAAUUGUUUGUUGCUGUUCUAUUAUUCUACCUGGAAGAUUUUAAUUGUACAGUGGAAGAAUGUAGUUUUGAGCACUGUCAGUCUGACCAUUGAGAGAACGAUGUUACCCACAGCCGUGAGAGCUAAUCAACUUGUCAAUUCAGAACACAGAGGUGCUGGAAAGUGUCGGCAUGACAACAGGACAAGCAGAGAAGUAAACUAUAAAGGAAUGGCUGUGUGGAGAAUAUUGAACAAAACUGUAGAACUGUGUAGUGAAAACAUGUUCUCCCACUGAAUUUUCAUGUUUAAAACUUUCAUUUAUCAUUCAUUGAUUUAUACACCGGUUGAAAGUUUACCGCCUUUGUUGUGUGCCAUUUGCCAUUGAUGAUACAGUUGAUGACACUGUG